AUGUCGCGCUACGGGUCCCAACUCACCCCAAGCUCACCUCCUCCUGGGUCCAAAUUCGCAAAUGCAAAGAAACGAGGAAGACGCGAACCAUCUGGUGUGUUUACACUGUUCCAGCCCGCCCAGGUGCAGCAGUUUCGCGAGGCGUUUUCCCUCAUUGAUCAAGAUGGCGAUGGGGUCGUGUCCGAGGAAGACCUGAGGCGCAUCUUUGCCAGCUUGGGUGGCCAGACGGAUCUGUCGGGUGAAGGGGUCAACUUUAUGGAGUUUCUCACCAUGAUGGGCGAGCACCUAUUCGAAUUCGAUGGCGAGACCGAGCUGAUCGAGGCCUUUGAGAGUUUCGAUGAGGGCGAUACGGGGUUUGUGAAAGGAGAGGAAAUGAGAAGGUGGUUGUCAGAAGUGGGAGAACGGAUGGAACCCGAAGAGCGUGCUCAUAGCACCCCCACCUCCUUUGCCAAACCGACAAGCAGAGAGCAGAGCGAGAGGACGUUCAUUCGGAUGGCAACUUCCAAGUCGACUCCCAUUCGCUUUGGAGCACUUUUUGGAAUCAAACGACGUCCAUCUACGAAUGCGCUGAUAUCUCCGACGAGUAGCUCACCACCGUACGAACCACCGUCGUUUUCUGCGAGCGGGGAGCAGGACGAUCCCUUUGCCGCAAACGCACCCUUGGCCUCGCCGGUGCACUCGGUUUCGACCAGUGUGACUUCACACAAGCUCACUCCGAACCAUUCUGUACCAACUCUUUCUUCUGAUGUAUCUCCUAGACGGUAUACCGACAGACCAAAAAGGUUACCCGGUAUUGUCACUCAAACUAAUGAGAUGUUUCACGUUACAAACACGGAAGGCUCCGAAGUGGACAGCGAGCAUAACGCUGCUCCUCCACGUCCCGCCAUCAGCGGCGGAACGGCCGCUUCUUCUUCUGCCGCUCCUGCUUCUUCCACGCGUGAGAGGUCGCCAGCCGUGGACGAAUACCCCUCUCCACCCCCUUCCAAUCACGGAUCUCCGUACCCAUCUGGACUCUCGCAGAAUGCUCACGCCUUUCUGGACACCGACCUAAUGCAUGUCGUUUCUGCUCGGAGCGAGGCUGCGUCCUCGAUGCCGUCCACACCUCUCCUCAUCGACUCUUUUCCUGCGACCCCAUCGACAGCUCUACCCAUACGACCUCAACCUCAACCGAGUGAAGAGGACAAGCUCCCAACCGAGGCCUUGCCCAUUCGUUCCAGUAGCCGAGGAUUCGGUCGGCAGCGUGCUGGCUCUACCCCAGACGUUUGGGCAGCCACCAUACCGCAGCUGUACAGCUCAGAAUUUGACGAGGUGUGGAAUGUGGCUGAGCGGGAUGAAGAUGAACUUAAGCUGGAUGUGCCCAAAUCGACUUGGCCUGCUGGAUCACCGCCCAAGUUCCCCCUACCGGCGGUGCCUAUCUCUCCACGACUACAGUCUCAAGCGCUCAACAAACACCUUCACCAGCUUGAACUCGACUUGUUCGCGGUGACCAGGAAACUAACAGGUUCUUCUCACCGUCCUGGGACAUCUCCAGCUGUUUCUAGCAGUGCAGAUUCGGGCAGGAUGCUCAAGAAGAGUGUAUCUCAGUCGAAAUUGCCCAGGGAUGGCAUGUUGGGUCGGUCUGCGUCUGCGUCCGUGUCCGCCACAGGCUCCAGUCCAGCGUCGACCUCUGGCAAAUCGAAUGACUCGCCGAUAUCAAGUCCCAUCUCUAAAUCAAAUUCACCCCCGUACUCGACGCCUAAACGGAACCGGUCUUUCCAAAUGGUACCGCCUAUCCCACCCAUACCCGGCCUGUAUGGCUCUCCCCCAGUCAUGCAUAGGGCGGCGACGGAGCCUACCGUCCCCUCCGUACAUAGUAUCGGAGACAGGGGAAAGGCCGUCAACAACCAUGAUUCCAAGAACAUCAACCACAAGGAUGACAAGGAAGUCUCACGGCGUCGCUUCUUUGCGAGAAAUUCGCACAACUCUACUCGAGAGGCGGGAGCAAUGAUCACCAGCCUUCUAGAGAUGGAUGAUGCCCUCUCCGAUAAUAGUAUGCACAGCGGAGGUGGUGCCAUCCCUGACGAGGAAUGGGGGGCUAACCUAAAUUUAGCCAUUCCAUCAUCCCUCAAAACUCAGAAUAGCUCCAUCAACAUAUUACCAACUUCUCCAUCCAGUCAAAAGUCGCCCCUUGAUGAGGCCAUUGGAGACCAUUCCUUUGUAGAACACCCGUCGAGUAGUAGUAUACCGUCUACUGAAGGAACACGGUAUAUCAUCCCACCUGCUGAAAUCAUGCGACUUGAAAAGGUCGGAUUCAAUAGGGAGGACGGCGCUAACAAACGAGGUCGCCUUGCCAGCCCGAUAGCGGAGAACCCUCUUGGAAUAAUUCCGUUUAGAACCUCCUCCGACUGGACACAGCGAAGUAUAAGCACGUCUCGAGUUGAACCGGAGCCGGCUCCACUAAACUCAAAGUCGCGCCAGUAUCGUUCAGGCAGUCUAGCCGUCCUAACCUCUACCCCUAACAACGCAUUCAUAUCGAAUGCAUCUCAAUAUCAAGAACGACGCCCCGGAAGCAGCAGUAGCCCAAAUAUCUCUCCAGGCGGACAUAGCUCACCGGCUCGAGGAAUGGCGAAUGGAUCCAUGUUAUCGGUAUCGGGGAGAAAGAGUCAACCGAUGUCAGUGACAUCGCCAUCCUCUCCUGCGAGCUCUGUCAUGUCAUUACCUCCACCCCCACGACCCCGUGUACGGAGUUUGCGAUCAACGAGCGAUAUCAAAACUCAAGCCAACAAGCAUUCGUCCCUGGGUAGCCAAGAUAACUCGUCGUCUCCUGCUAUCAGUAGAAGGCCGUCUGCACAUUCAGACAUAUCCUCUAUUUCGACGGUCCUUCAAAAGCAUCGUUCUAUCGUCAGAAAGCCUAGUUUCUUAGAUAUAGGCGAUGAAGAGGUCUCGCCUGUAGAACAGGCUCCCCCGCCCAACGCUCUGGGCCUUGGCCAUAGAGAACCCGCCGUCAGUAGUCGACCCGGCUCGGGGACCAUCAACUACUCCAGACCGUCUACGGCUACUAGUAUGAGGACGUUUAGCUCCUCGAAUUCGAGACAGGCGGUCCCAUCCACCGCCGAUAGGGGUGAAGAUAGUUUCCUGGACAUGGGAAAAUUGUCGCUAGACACUAUUCGCUCUGUACCCGAGGACGAAGAUUCUAGCUCUCACGUUUCAUCUAUCGAUCGGGCUAGUCCUCACUCGCACAUGGGCGAUUAUAUGAACAAGCCUUCUGCUGCCGUCACAAACCUAUAG